AUGGACGUCGGCACGGACAAAGUCAGCGCUGCCGAACGUAAGCGAAUCCCGCACCACCUCAUCGAUCUGGUGUCGCCUCACGAAGCCUUCAGCGCCUUCCAGUUCUGGGAGCACGCACACAACGCCACACACGACAUUCUCUCGCGAGGCAAAGUGCCGAUCGUGGUGGGCGGGUGUGGGUUCUACUUGAGCUGGUACCUCCACAAGACGUCCCGCCCUGACCACACCACGAAGGCCCCGCCAGAGGUCGUCCGCAAAAUCAAGAAGGUCAUCGACGACGACCAAGGCGACUGCGCAGAGCCGUCCACAUCAGCCAGCGUGGAGGCCAUAGAUCCGGCGUUUGCGGCGACCAUUCCCGUCAACGACCUCUAUCGCAUCACCCGCGCCCUCGAAAUUCAUGCCGUUACCGGUCUCCCGCCUUCCAGCUUCGCCUCUGAACGACUCGCUCCCUGGGAAACAUCGCUCGAUUUCCGGUGCGUCUACUUCACAACUUCCGACUCGCUCGCUGCCAAGACGCGCAUCGACCUACGCGGACUGGAGGUGGACAGCACGCCAGCCAAAGCCAUCGGCUACUCCGAGGCCAUAUCUUUUCUCCUCUACGCUCCGCUAGAGCAUCUGGGCGACAGCUUUACCGACUUUUUGACCAUCUUUCAGAACUCGUCGAGGAAGUACGGAAGACGCCAGAAGACAUGGUUCCGGCGGGAACCCCUCUUCCACCAUUGGCUGUACAGGAACGAAAUGGGCGUUGAGGACCAACUGCGAAGGGUGACCGACCUCUACUCCUUGCCGUUUGCAGAGUACAUGGACACGUUCGAUUGGGAUGGCUACCUCAACAAGAUGACCAAGGAUUACAACCAGAAGAUGCCUACCUACGCCCCCAAGUUGCAGCUGUUCUCCACGGCCUCCUCUCGAGACAGCUUUAUCGCCUCUCUGGCGCCCUCCAUCGCCAAUCUUCGCCAGUGGAAAACGGCGCGUCCUAAUUAA